GAUGCUUUCGAAAUUAUGAGAUAAACAUUGCACGAAAACAACCGAAGACAGCUGCACAAUCACAAAAGAAAAGAGGGACAGAAAAAUCCUUUUACUGGGUCACCACCCGCCGGGACAGGGACUAAUUUGUUUAGACAGCUUGAUGUUUGAAGUCUAGGGGGCAGUUGUUAAGGCCUUUUUACGUAAUGCGCCUUGACCGCCCCAAACCGUGGCUCUAUAAAAGCAGCAAUAACUUAACUGAAAGCUAGAUGAGCUUAGGGUUGUUUUUUGCCAUCUCGAACAUUGUUUUGUGACUCCCCUGGACCAGGAAAAUGUACGCAGCUGUUACGCUCUUCGUCUUCGUGUGCAUGACUGCGACCGCCCAUGCCGAGCACCAUCAGCCUUGUCAUUCACCCAAUAUGACAGGAUCCAUGGCUGUGAUUACCAUGAAGGGUGAAGUAAAGGCAUCUGGUGCAUUCACUUACGAUUCAAUGGGCAAGAGACUACGGUUCAGAUCAAACGAGAGCCACCCCUUAAACAGCUCCAUGGGUUUGGAUCUACUGAUGUUUUUUGAAGAGGGGAUAUUCUAUGAGAUUGACAGCAAAAACCAGAGCUGUGAGAAAAAAGCAUUGCAAUGCACCAUGCAUCCUCUAGCUAUCCCCGAUGAUGCCAGGUUUUUGGCUACGCUGAACGUUGGGAAUCCAUCCAUUGAAGGGGAGGGAUUAAAAGUCAAUGUAUGGACAGGAUCAAUGUCAGACAUGAAAGGCCAAUACUCUAUGUCUGUAACUAUGGGAUGUUUGCCUUUGAGCGUAUUGUACUUCAGUGAGCCCACAUCCUUCUUAAUCAGCCACUCUGACAUUGAAAUCGAGAUCAAGGAUCCUGAUCUCCUCGUGGUGCCUACCUUUUGUCAGGGACAGCCUGUGGAAGAGACACCUGAAGGGACAGUAAACAGUUUCCUCAAUAGUUUCAUGUAGAUGAAGCCUCACCAGCAGAAAAAUCAAACCCCUAUCCAAGUGUGGCCUGCCAGAACUUUAGACUUCUCUCUCCUUUCAUGUGUGACUCGAGUUUUUCGUGUGACACUGCACUGCAUCACAUCUGUUUCCAUCACAACUUCCACUCCCCUAUGAAGAUAUGGCUUUGAAUGGAUCAUACUGUAUACAUACAUUUUGAUAUAAAGGAAAGAAAUAUGACAUGGAUUAUAGAAGUAGUCAUAAUUACUAACAGUUGGUGGCUUUUCAAGUCGGUACUGCUUACAAAACCUGUAAGAUAUGAUUAAUGGAACAAUAAAAUGUCAAAGCUGUCAAAGGUGUAGAGAUCAUUUUUUUCUUCCAAGAUUACUUCUUUGUAAAGUGUUUCAUUUUGGCCUGACACUGUACAACUUUUGGACACAGCCGUUUUGCAGCAAGAAACCAUUUCAGAACUGUACGGCAAGAUUAACCCACUACGGGGAAGAAAUUAGCUGAUGAGCCCAAACUGAUAACCAAACAUUGUUCUAGAGUGUGUGCAUUGUGACCUUUCACCUCCAAAUAUCAGAAUUAUAAUGAUUAAUAAUGAUUUGACCCAGUAACUACACAGUAUAGCACA